CAAACACAGUAUGGUAUCUCAGUGUCUGAGAAGCAGUAAGCAGAGUAGCAGUGAUCAGCAAUGAUGGUAACGUACAGUCCAACACAUAGGAGUGUAAGGAAAGAAAAAGGCAUAAAUGAUCAAACAAAGGAAUUAUUUCAAAGAGGAUUUCUAAGGCAAAAGUCUGUCUCGAAUGUAAAGAAACUGCAAGUUCUCACACUGAUGUUUCCUCUUUGAAAAGAAGAUCUAAACCUUUAAAACCAGAAGGUGCUUUUCAGAGACGAUAAACGGAGGGAGAGGAGAUGGAGAGGAUAAACUGAAAUAACUGAAGCAGUCAUGGAGGACUUGACUCUGUCUGUUCUCAGAGCAGUGGAGAAGUGUUGGCCUGUUGACACUGGAACGCCCAUAAGCAAUCAGUGAUAGGCUUCUUGACUAAACAAAUUAAUUUCUGUAAGGAAGAAGCAGCCUUGAAAUUUUUUGUGGCUCUGGGUUGAUAGAGAGGGAGAGGGGCACAGAGGCUAGGCCUGUCUGUCGUGUCCAGAAUGAGUUGGGCUGAAGGUUUAAUUCAGCAGGUGAACAUUUUGCUGUUGAUGGCUGGGGUCUGGUGGAGGAGUGGUGGCAAGCAGAGGAGGAGCAGCAGUGGAAAUAGCAACCCUGGGCUGAGUUUUGCUGCCUGUUGAUGAUGAGCUCCUCAGUCCUGUUUCACAUCAGAUCUUGUCUCAAGCAGGAGUAACUGAGCACUUUUCCGUGUAUAAUAUUUAGUGAAGCUCCUGGAAGGAAAGGUGGUUCGGCCAGUUUGAAUUUAAUAUGCAAAUACCCCAUGAUCCUCUAAAUCACCACCAAGGACAUGUACCCCAAACUUGGAUCUACAUUAGAGGCUCUCUGAUGUUGACUUCAAACAAACAUGUUUGGGAAAAGGGCCUCACAAUUCCUCUUUUUCUCUGCUGCUAAUCAUGUGAUGCCAAGGGGUAAGUUUAGAUUAGUCGAAGUAGAGAUACAGGGCAAGAAAAAUGUGCCGUAACUGUGAUAAUGAAGCUGGUUCCCAUGAUAGUGGAGCCUGGUCUGAGUUCUGGUUGUCUUUGUGGUGCAGGAGAGGAAGGGCAGCACGUUAGUGCUUGAUCUGCCUGUAGAACCUGCAGCACUCCAUCCGAGUGUUGUGCCACACACCUCAGUGCUCGUGCACAAGGAAGUUGCUCCGGGGCAGUGGGUGAAUAGCAAUCUUUUUGUGGUGGGGUUAAAUACUGCUGAAAUUGGUGACAAAUCCUCAGUGGUCCACGUGGUGGAGUCUCUCCACUGGAGUUUACUAAGUGGAACAUCGUCGGCUUGCAGAGUUACCUGUUGUCCUGGGUCAGGGCUCUUUCUCUGCUGGUGUACGCUUUCCUAGGGAGGCAUCUGUUCAACUGGAGCCUGUUCAACCGGAGGCACUUUGAAGACCGUGCUUCGAGGCAUUUUCUGCUACGUACCCUGAGAGCUCCCUUUUGCACGAUUAUGCCAGUGCCAUGUGCCUGGUGAUUGCUGCUUGUGCUGUGCACAAGAUACAGGCCUCAGCUUGACGGCUCGGUGCUAUGCGAUGCUUCCUGAAGCGCUCCCUUACCGCUGCACUUGCAGCCUCCUUCUUCCUCCUCUUCCUUCUCCUCCUCCAUGGGGGCACCCAGCAGGAACAGGAGCCCCCGGAGGUGGAGCUUAGGGGCUCAGCCCCCGAAGCAGUCCUGCAGAUGCUGCAGCCAGGAGCCCUGCGCAUCCUCAGGGACACAGAUGACCUCUCUGUGCUCCACAAUGUCUCCUACCAGCUCCUUGCUGGCACCCCAUCACCCCACAAAAAAUUCUUGGCAGUGGGACUGGCGUCAGUGCAGCGGCCGCGUGGCUACUACCUCCCUGCCACACUCCAGUCUCUCUUCAAGCAGUCGACGGAGGAGGAGCUGCAGGAGAUGGUGGUGGUGGUGCACCUGGCUGACGCAGAUCCCAGAUGGAACAUGCGUGUGGCCGCUGACAUUGCCCACAAGUUUGCUCAUCACAUCCUCCUGGGCCGGCUCCUGCUUAUCCAUGCUCCCCACGAGUUCUACCCCACCCUGGAGGGCCUCAAGAGAAACUACAAUGACCCAGAGGAGCGGGUGAGGUUCAGGUCCAAGCAGAACGUGGACUAUGCCUUCCUCUUUGCCUUUGCUGCCAACCUCUCCUCCUACUACUUGAUGAUUGAGGAUGAUGUGUGGUGUGCCAAGUCCUUCUUGACGGCUAUCCGCAAGGCACUGGCUUCCCGGGAAGGCUCCAACUGGGCCACCCUUGAGUUCUCCAAGCUGGGCUACAUUGGUAAGCUCUACCGCUCCAGUGAUCUUCCUCGCCUGGCUCGCUUCCUCCUCCUCUUCUACCAGGAGAUGCCCUGUGACUGGCUGCUGGUCCACUUCCGCCUCCUGCUCACCCAGAAGGACAUCAUCCGCUUCAAGCCCUCCCUCUUCCAGCACAUGGGCCUCUACUCCUCCUUCCAGGGCACAGUCAACCGGCUGGAGGACGAUGAGUUUGAGGCCAAUGCCUUGGACCUUCCAGAUAACCCACCGGCAGUCUUGUUCACCAGCAUGUCCGUCUUUGAGAACUACGAGCCCCUCAAAGCUUACAGUACAGCAGAGGGGUAUUUUUGGGGGAAAGACGCAGUAGCUGGCAGAGUCUUCUCCAUUGUCUUCCAGCAGCCGGCCCGUGUCACCCGUGUCCGGGUGCGCACGGGCUCCAAGGAGCACCAGGACGAUUUCCUGCGCGCAGGGGUGCUGGAGCUGGGCCGGCAGCGGCGGGCUGACCACCGGGACUGCUCUGCUUACACCACCAUGGGCACCUUCAAGAAGGGGACCUUUGAGCAGUGGGGGCUGGAGAAGGCUGUGCCCAACCCCGUGGAGUGCGUGAGGAUCCGGGUAACCCGGGACCAGAGCGAGUGGCUCAUCAUCCAGAGCAUCGACAUCUGGACCAUGGCGGGCACCUGACCAGGAAUGUGGCAGGUUGCCAAAGUGGUUGGACUUUGUACUAAGAGUUCCUUUUUUUUUUUUUUGUUUUUGGAUAAGGAAUUAAAUUACUGACUCCUG